AUGACUUCUGCAGAAAUGAACGAAAAGAAACUAAUUGACACGGCUGGGCUGUCCGUUCAAACGCCUUCGCUGCUGACUUCCGUUGAUUUAUCUGAUCAAACACAAACAGCCACAGGAGAUGAAGAAGCUCAGCCCGAGACGCGUGAAAUAAAAGGAAAACAUCCAUCCUUCAACAGAGAUUACCGCUUCUGGAUGAUCAUGGUUACUCUAAUUCUCGCUACACUCCUUGCGUCCCUCGAAGCAACAGUGGUCAUAACCUCUCUUCCAACUAUCGUCGAGAAUCUGAAACUCGGAAGUAGUUAUAUCUGGGUAACCAACGUCUUCUUUUUAACAACAGCUUGUGUUCAGCCACUCUUCGGCCAACUCUGUAACCUCUGGGGCCGUAAAAGGGUCAUGAUGUUUAUCUUUGCUAUAUACACACUCGGAAGUGGUAUUGCAGGCGGUGCAAACGGAGGCGCUAUGCUGAUCACUGGACGUGCUAUCCAAGGUGUCGGUAGUGGUGGAGUUACCAUGAUCAACGAUGUGAUCAUCUCUGACCUUGUGCCACUUCGAUACAGAGGCAAUUACAUCGCGAUAUUGCUCCUAGUCGCGACUAUUGGGUUCGCGAUUGGACCUUUUCUUGGUGGUAUUAUCGUGGAGAAAACGAGUUGGAGAUGGGUCUUCUAUCUGAACCUUCCCAUCGGAGGCGCUGCCAUUGUCGUCACAUACUUCUUCCUCAAUCUCCAGUACAACAAAACACAAUCUACAAUGGAAAAACUUCGUCGUAUUGACUAUAUCGGUAACGCUAUACUCAUUGGAUCCAGCGUCUCGAUCCUACUCGCUCUCACAUGGGCUGGGCCCGUGUAUCCUUGGUCCGAUGCUCGAAUACUGGCUCCCCUAAUCAUAGGUAUUCUUGGCCUCGUCGGCUUUGUUGUCUAUGAAGGUUCCGGUAUUCCCUCUGAGCCUGUCAUGCCCAUCAGAUUAUUCCCGGGGCCAACAUCUUACAUCAUCUACGCCAACACAUUCCUCAACGUCCUCUUGAUCAACUGGUGUUACUUCUUUUUCCCUUUGUAUUUCCAGUCCGUCCUGUUAUCAUCCCCUCCAAGGUCAGGAGUCCAAAUGCUACCCAUCGCACUCAUCGCCAUUCCCGGUGCUGCAGUAGCUGCCAUCAUCCUCUCACGGUGGGGAAAGUACAAGAUGCUCCAUAUAUCGGGCUUCUUUAUCAUGACCGUGGGCGUCGGUAUGCUGGGUCUUCUCGACGAACACAGCUCGCCAGCAGCUUGGAUUCUGCUCCAGUUCAUACCAGCGAUAGGCUCCGGCCUCUUGCUGAACACACUUCUCCCGGCUUUUCAGGCAUCUGCAGAUGAGAUCGACCAAGCUGCUGCAACGGCAGCUUGGGCUUUCAUAAGAUCAUUUGGUGCAGUUUGGGGUGUAGCUAUUGCGGGAAGUGUCUUCAACUCGUACACGAAGCAAUACGCGCAUAUGGUUGAUAAUGAGGUGGCAAGAAAAGCUCUGACCUUGGGAGAUUCGUACCAGAGCGCGACACGCGCAUUCGUUCAGCAAUUUGAGGAAGCAGUUCAAACUCAGAUCCGACAUGUUUUUAUGCUGUCGCUGCGAAAAGUCUACAUCAUCUCCGUAGCCUUUGGUGGGUUUGCGUUUCUACUCUCCCUGUUCGAGAAGGACAUACCCCUACGCAAAGAGCUAGAUACUCAGUAUGGACUGGAAGAGAAAUCACCAGAUAAGCUGAAGGAAAACGAGUAG